AACAGGCUCGUUCGGUCUUCACGAGACUGGUCAACAAAGGCUUCCACACGCCGAUACCUCUCAAAUUAGUGACGUCCGUCCUGGAUAUAUUCAUAGGGAACUAGCAUACUCCUCGGUCGUUGUCGUUCUUUACUAUGUCCUCACAAACUGUCUCUUUGAGUCCGGCUCGGCCCAUCUUCGUCCACCUCGUUCAUACACACAGCUGUAAGCCUUCCCGAGACGAAGUCCAACAAAGACACUUGAAAAGCUACGCAUCAUGUGGUUCAUGUGGCGCAGCUUAAGAUCAUUGUCGCACUUCCAUUGGCCAUGCACGCCUUUGCUUUGUUCUUCCUCUGCUUUGUCCAUCGCGAUGGCAGCGCAGCACAACCACUUCCGGCGCAAAUGACAACACAGACAAAGCCUCCACUCAGCAAACGUACACGAUGCAAGUUCUUUGUCGGAUCGAAAGCAUGUCUUCGAGCGACGGGUCCGCCGUACUCGCAUUCGUCUCAUUUCUGCCGACAUUGCAGACGGCAUUCGAAAUCUUACUUUCUGGGACUUCGUACACCAAACGCGACAAUGGCAGACUUUCCACCAGACCUGUCCCCAGAGCAAGCCCCCACAACUAAUCUACCAUUCACUACAACUAGACCUACGCCUACCCCCGAAGCCCAAGUUACGCCGGCACUCAAUGGUUCCCUCUUCUCUCUCGCCCGCGAGCUGACAUCGUACUUCCUCGGCCAAACCCUCCACAUUCCUACCUUCAUAUCCGACCACCCAUUAAACACCCUCUUUGCAAGCGCCGCGGUCGGCAUUGGCGCGAGACUCCUUUACAAUGACCAUGCUGCGCGCUCUCGCUCCAGAGUUCAGCUCGCCGUCUUCCACAUCCUGCGCAUCCUCCAGGCAAAUCCCUCCUACUGGCACCAUGUCUCUGACGAGAGCAACUGGCCCGCCUUCCGACAGCAUGUUGUGGAAGAGGUACGGCUCGCCGUGGAGAAGCACCACAUCUCCCGCAGUGAGGGGGAGCAGGUGAAGAAGGUGAUAGAAAAGAGGCUGAUCAAUAUGCUGUGGGACUACGAAGGAAGUCUGCGCGGGGAGGUGAUCAGAAAGAGAAGGAAGUUGUUGGCGGAUCAGAUGGAGGAUAAUAAGGCGAAAGAGAGUUAUUUAGCAAAGAAAAGAAGAGAGACAAGGAAUCCGCUUUGGCCGUCGCAGACGCCCCGUCCGCCGCCGCAACCGCCAGGAGUGGUUGCGGCGAAGAAGCCUCUUCCUAGUUGGGACGACGAUAUGGAUGGCGGUAAUGAAGGCGAUGAUACUGGCGGUGCUGCCCCAGUCGUUGACAGCGCAACGCCGGGAAAUCCAGUGGUAUACCCAGCGCUUCUUCAUUCACACGGUAUUGCCGCAACGCCUGCUCCAGUGUCGAGACCACCCAACUCAUCGCUGGACGAAGCUGCAGCGCGGGAAGCUGCGAUGGCGCCGUUGUAUAAUCGUUUCAGUAAUUCUCCUGCUAUUACGGGUACCGUCGGGCUGCCACGGCCGCCGCUGCCGCACGGGUAUGAUGGUUUAGGGGUGCCCUAUGGAGCGCAGCCGCGACCGCAGCCUGGGAGGCCGGACAAUGCUGCUGUGAAUGCGCGGCGCCCGAAUUCCCGGAAUAACACAACUUUGGGGUCGAAGCCGUCUUCGAAUGUAGCGCUUCCUCCCAUGACCAGCAAUGCGAAUCGUCCGAAUGUGCCGAAGGUGGACGCAGUUCAGCCUCCUACGAGCGGUCAUCCUGCAACACCCGCUCCAUUAUCUCGCCUGACUAUGUCACAGCCAGCGCCUCCUCCUACGAACGACACCGUUGGAACGUCUGCCUCAACAUCGCGGCCGACUUCGAAGGUAGCGCGACCUCCCGCGGCCACCAGUACGAACCAUCCUGAGGACGCGCCUGUCAUGGUCUCCGUCAGACCCCCGAAAAUGACAGUUAGAUACAGAGCUGUCCCUUUUAAGCCGAUAGUGCCCGAUGAAAGGGAGCGAAGACGUCUCAUUGGCGACGAAGGAAGGAGGUGGUGGCCGUGUGCGAUCUGCGAUAUGAUGGUUGAUGUAGCUCCUCUUCCCUGGAAACUACACUUACGCAGUGUUCCGCAUUUGGCUAAGGCUUCCUCUACGCAGGAGAAGGAGAAGCAGAAGGAGAUUGAGGCUGAGGCAGAAGAUGGUGAUAUUGCGGAGGAGGUGGAGGAGCUGGUGGAGAACGCAACAUCGCGACCUCCUUCUCCAAAAUGGACAUGUCACAUAUGUGGGAAGAAACUUCUUUUGUCGCAGAUGUCCGAACAUGAAGCCUAUCAUAAGAAGAAGGAAGACGAAGCCGCUGCUUCCAAGAAGAGGUUCGAACAGUUUGCAUCAGGAAAUGCGGUAACAGGCACCCUGAAUGCUACUUCCAGCGGCUUCAGCGGAUCCGGCAGCAUUAGCGGAUUCAGCGGCUUCAAGACUACUGCACACCCGUCCGUUACAAAAGCACUGAAAGACGAUGAAAAUCUCUCCUGGAGAUGCCCGCUAUGCGACCGCUUGGUUCCCCUUGCAGAGAAGAGCAAGCAUCUCAUGGAACACCUCAAGGAGGGUGAAACUGGUAUCAACGAUGAUGAUAUCUGGAUAAAUUGUCCAGGCUGCGGGCUUUCGAUGCAUGAAAAUGAUUUAUCAGCUCAUUGGCAAGAGGGGUGCGAAGGAAACCUAUUGGUGGGUCAGGAAGAGGACCCAUAUGUACGCUAUAUAUAUUGCGGACGAUGCAACAUGCAGGUUCUCGCAGAUGAAUGGGAUGCCCACGUAGAAAGAUAUCAUCAAGAUCCCCCAACGUCAGGCGAUGACGAUCAAAACAACGGCGACCAAAACGGCGGCGCAAAUGGAAACACCAACGCCUUCGGCCAGCUCAUCAAGCUGCCCAAGACCAAUACGCCCGCGCCUCCGAGCGUGAACGGUCCAACGCCAGUUCCGCCUCCGUCAGCACAGCUCGACGAUCUACGCCGGCUCAGCCAGCCCGCGAUCGCUGUGUCAACCGAAAUCACUGCCAUCCCUGAUGGCCAGGUGGUCAUCAUGUCCACCCCUACAACUCCCGCACCAGGUCUCCCCCAGCAGUUGCAGCCCAGAUCUGCCGUGCCAGCCAGCGCCUCCGUCUCUACUGAUGGCGUAGUCACUGCCACUCCCACACCAAAUCCCCAGCACCCCCAACUCUCGCAAAACUCCACGCCAACUCUCCCGCAGUAUCCCCAUUACCCGCAACUCCCGCACAACGCACUAUACCCACACAUACGUCCAAGGCCUAGCCUCCUCGAGCGCGAGGAGAGAAAGGCGUGGCACGCGGUGGGCUUAAAGACGGUGGAGCAGUACUGGACCAAGGUUAAAAAAGGUCUGUCGCCGAUUAUAGAGCUGGAAGAGGAGGACGAGGGGUACACACCUGAUUCGGCGAGGCUGGCUAGGCUGGCAAAGCAGGGGAAGAUCCCGUGGCCGGCGGGGUUGCUGCCAAUGGGAACGGGUGUUGCAGUUAAUCGGGAAGUUGAGGAAGAGAUUCAACAGGGUAAGUUAGUAUCCAAAUUUCAGGUGAUGCUGAGUUGUGCUGAUGGUUGUGCAGAUAACACGCCAAACGGAGUCCCAGGAGGAGACAUCAAUCCCGCUGAUUCCUAUAUCAACAACGACCCUGCAGCGUAUCUCGGGGCUACACCUACGCCAGCGCCUAGGCCUCCCCAAGACGUCGACAGUGACGACCCGGACGGUCUCUACAAACCUCCCAGCCCUCGACCCCAACCGAACACCCGCCCACCUCCGACCCAACCCACCCGCAUCCGGCGCCCUCCCACGUCCCCACAGGUCGCCGUCCCCCCACGCCGCCAGUCCACAUCUACCUCUAUUCCCCGUCCCGUCUCCCAACCUCGCCUACAAAGCCCAGCACCGGUGUCGCAACGCCCAGCCGUCAAGCGCCGAAGUUCAGCGGCGUCUGCGACUUCUGCAACUUCCCAAUCGAAGAUCACGAAGCCUGACGCGAAGACAGCCAAUAAAAAGCCACCUGCAAAGGGGCGGACGAGCAGGCAGUCGCCGGUGGGUAGUCAGACUUGGACAGGGAUACCGAGUGUACCACCGCCUACGGCUCCGCCUGCGACGCCUGGUGGGAGAAGGAAUGGGAGUGUGCCGCCGACGCCGGAGACGAGGAGGAGUGGGAGGGCGAAUCGGUUUGAGGGGACGUACAAGGAGUGAAUGAGCUAGCUUGGCCGAUUACCGAUACAUGUGUGCCACAAUGCUAGAUCCGGACCUGAGAUGCGGUCCAAGCCGCUGAUCCCCAGGCAACCGAUAUGCAAGGAACCACUACUACGACUUACGGAA